AUGUCGGGACCACAACCUUUAACUUCUGAUGAUCUCCAAGCAAAAUUGGACUCCUUUGAUUCGAUCCCUCUGUUUAUGAGAUCGCUCCCUGAUGAUCAUCCAGUCGAAAAUUCUACCCUGGCAGCUUUGCAGAGUCUCGCACACGAAGGAACACCGGAUGAAAUUGCGGAAAAUUUCAAGGAGCAAGGGAAUGACUACUUCAAAGGGAAACGAUACCGUGAUGCAAUUGGAUUUUACACGCAAGGAAUAGACGCGAAACCCGACAACUCUUCUCUGUUGGAGGCUCUGCUGUGUAAUCGUGCAGCAUGCAACUUGGCGCUCAAGAAUUACGGGUCUGUCCUGCGGGACUGCUCAAAAGCUCUUAGCCUAAACCCCAAGUCAUUAAAAGCGUAUUAUCGAUCAGCGAUGGCUCUCGUGGCUUUAGACAGACUGGAAGAAGCGAUUGAUUGCUGUACUCGCUGCCUUGAGUUUGACAAAGACAACAAGGGCGUACUGGGUGUCCUGGAACACGCUGCAAAGUCAAAAGCGACAAAAGACAAGGUGGACCUGGAACGGAAGGAGAAACUCCGACAAGAACUUCUGGCAAAGGCGAAAUUAGAUAAUGCCUUCAAGGAGCGAAAUAUAUUCGUUCUACCCAAAGCAGAUGGGUCUCAAAACCCUUAUGUCCCCCGUUUCGAUCCCGAAGAUUUUUCUGGGAACACUCUUAUCUUUCCUGUCUUUUUUCUCUAUCCACAAUACGCCACUUCGGAUGUCAUACCAGGGUACGUUGAGGACACACCGUUCUUUACACACCUGGAAAUCAUGUUCAAUCCGGCCCCCGAAUGGGACACAAAGCGUCAAUACAAGGCUGAGAACCUCGUGGUGUACGCGAUUACGCGACGGAAGCGAUUAUUGAAGGUAGGGAAGAAAAUGUCGUUGAGGAAUGUCUUCAAUGCAUCAAAGGGGAAAGAGGGCGAUCCUCCGGAUGGUCUAGAAUUGAAGGACAACUGUCUUACCUUCGUAGUUCUUCCCAAGGGAGAGGUGGAUAUAAAGUGGGUUUGGCGGAAGAGGCUGGAUUGGAUGUUGAGGAAAUGGAUGUACAGUUUGGAACUCAGAAUGUUGAUUCGGAAUCUUGUUUCAUUAGGGCCCCUCAAGAUGUCCGUCAACCACAAGAUUCUCCGUACUGCCAACGCUCCCCCAACGCCCCCAGAUGAGAUGGAAAUCAGCGUCGCUCAGGCCAUUAUCGACCUCGAGAAUAACGUUCCCGACCUGAAGACUGACCUUCGGCCUCUGCAAAUCUCCGCUGCCCGUGAAGUCGAUGUUCGAGGUGGUAAAAAGGCCAUCGUAAUCUUCGUUCCGGUUCCCCAGUUGAAAGCCUUCCACAAAGUGCAGCAGAGGCUCACUCGUGAACUGGAGAAGAAAUUCUCCGACCGACACGUCGUUUUCGUUGCUCAGCGCAGGAUGCUGCGCAAGCCUACCCGUAACUCUCGGGUCCAGCAAAAGCGACCUCGCAGCCGUACACUGACUAAUGUCCAUGAAAAGAUCCUUGAAGAUCUCGUUUUCCCCACUGAGAUUGUUGGAAAGCGCACCCGUGUCGCUGUUGACGGUUCCAAACUGCUAAAAGUCUUCCUUGACUCCAAGGAUGCAAAUGUAUUGGAGUACAAACUUGACUCGUUCUCAUCGGUGUAUCGCCGUCUGACAGGAAAGGAUGUUGUCUUCGAGUUCCCUGUGGUCGUACAGGAGUAG